CUUCUCUUCUGUAAGAAAAAGCAUGGAUAGAAUUUCAAGCCAGGAAAAAGUCAAAAAACUUAUUAUUGAGGAAUUAGAUGAAGUGAAAUAUUUGUAUGCCCUAAAAUUACUAUUUGAAAAUUUUCAAGAACAAAUUUCUGAUAAUGUAUUAGUUAAAUCGUUAAAGAAGUUGGCUAGCCCCGCUUUAUUCGAUUCAUAUUAUUCAGAAGAAAGUGCAGCUAGGUUAGAAUUACAUAUACGUACAUGGAUAGCAGCUUUAGAAAGGAUACUUUUCUUAAAAAUACGUCUCACUAGAGAAUUUCGAAAUCAACUUUAUAAUUCUUUGGCAAAAUUUGCAAAAAUUCAUCGUAAAACAACUCAAGUAAUAAAAGAAGGACUUGAAAAUAAUAUUAGACCUAAAAUAAAUAAAGCUGUAGAAGAAGGAUUCAAAAAUGACUUUAAUCUUAAUUAUAAUCCAUUAGAUCAUCAAAAAGAUAAUCAAGGUAAUGAAAAAAUUGCAAAAAAGCGAAAUUAUAAUGUUGAUUUUUUAUUAACCCAUUUACGAGAUACGUUACAUAGUUUACGUGAUGAUGAAAAUUGGGUUCAAGAAAUUUUUCGACGAUUAACAAGCUUUCUUAAGACUUUUUUAAACAUUGCACCUGGAGCCUUACCUGGACUUCCUAUUCCAAAUGAUAAUUGUUCAAUCUUAUCUAUGUUGUCACAAUUACGGCAGGGAUUAAGUUUCAAAUAUCCAGUAGCGUCUUACUAUAUAAAUUGGAGAAUUAUAUUGUUAAUUAAGUAUAAACUUACUGAAUUGUCUGGGAGCUCUAAAAAAUUUUGUGAAAUGAUGAUAGUAGAAUAUAUUUGGGCUUAUUUUGAAAGAGAAUGGGAAAAUGUUGCCAAUAAAACUAUACUAGACACUCUAGAUUCUCAAUUUAAAUUUGAUGAAAUAUCUAAUAAGCUCAUUAAGACACUAAGAAAUGCAGGAAGCUUAAUUAAUGAUCUUGUUGAAAAUGAACCUCUUGCAUUGCCAGAUACAUUAUGGUUUGGGAUAUUGGAUCUUGCACAGAGUCUUAUCCAAUCAUCAAUACAGACGUCAAUACAUGGUUUAUGUUAUUACUUAGCUAUUGAAUCUCUCAAUAAAGCACCAAGCAGCUUUAUUCAAUUUAAAGCAAUUGAAGUAUUGCUACAUCUAUAUAAUGUUAAUAAAGAAUUAUUUUCAGUAAUUGAAAUUGAUCUUGAGCAAUAUGCUCAAAAAUUAAGGGAAAAUAAUUUAUCAAUAGAAAAAUUUGAAAAUUUAUUACAAUAUGUUAAAGAAAAAUGUCAUAAAGACUUUGAAAUAAUUAAUCGUAAUAAUGAAAACAAAAAAGGAAAAGAAACAACUUUAUCCACUAAUAAACAGGGUGAAAUUCUGAAUAAAGUUGCCGAGAAUAUAACUUGUCCAAUUAGCAGUGAGCCAGCAGACAAAUUAUGCACUUUUGGAUGUCAACAUACUAUAUCAUUAGAUAGUUUUAAGAAAUUAGAAAAAUAUAUAUGUCCAAUUUGUCGACAGAAUAUAGAGAGUAUUAAUAUUUUGCCACAGAAUACCAUUUAUAAAAGUUUAAAUUCACAAUUCACUAAAGCUGGGCAUAUUACACCAUCAAUUAACUUAGAUCAUACAAGCGAUUCUAAUGAUUCGGAGGUUGAUAAUAUGCUGAGUAAAAAAAUGAAUUUUGUUAGAAAAAUUAAAUUUAACACAAAUAAAUUACAAUCGCUCUUUCAAGUUAGAAAUUCAGUAAAGCAACAUCCAAUAUAUCAAAAUGUUAUCAAGGAAUUAACCGAAAGAAAUUAUAAACAAGCUAUAGAUGAGUGUCAAAAAUAUCUGAAGAGUUUUCCAAAAAGCAAUUCUAUGAAAUGUCUUAUAGCUUAUAGUUAUAGAUGCCUUAAUAAUUAUGAUCAGGCAUGUUUAUAUUUAGAUGAGGCUAUUAAAUUAAAAGAAAAAGAUCCAAUUGCUUGGUACAUUUAUGGUGAAAUUUUUUUCAGACAAAAUAAGUACGAUGAUGCUAUAUCUAAAUUGGUUAUUUCUAGAGGAUUAAAUGCUAAUAUUGGUAAUUUAAAUAUCAUACUUGGUUAUAGUUAUCUUUUUCUAGGGAUGAAAAGAAAUAACAAAAGCAAUUAUUCUAUAAAUGAACAUGCUUUAAAGGUUUUUAACGAAAUUCAAAAUGGUUCGAAUAAAUCUUUAUGUUUUAAAUAUUGUGCGUAUCUUUAUGAAAUGCAAGGAGAUUAUAUAAAUACUUUAAGAAAAUUAGAUAGCUAUUUAAAUAUAAAUGAUGGUGAUUCUUUAGUUUUGUGUUAUUAUGGUGAAAUCCUUAUAAGAUUAGGGCGAUACAAUGAGGCAAUGGAGUAUUUUAAAAAAGCAUAUGACGUGGAUCCAGAAAAUUUUCAUAAUUUAAGUAAGAGAGCCAUAACAUAUCAUAUGCUUGGAAAAUAUGAAGAGGCUUUAUCGGAUCUUAAUAGAGCUUUACAAUUAAAUCAAUCAUAUAGUUUGGCGUAUCAUUAUAGGGGAUUAACCUUUUAUUCGAUGAAAAAUGUUAACAAAUCAAUUUCAGAUUUUGAAAAAUGUGUAAAAUUAAAUUCCAAUGAUAUGUUGGGAAGGAUGCAAUUAUUAUAUUUAAAGAAAUUAGAUGAUAUUAAUUCUGAAAUAGAUCAAAUUGCUAAUAUUGAUGAUGAUGAAUCAUUGCUUUUUAUUAGGUGUAAAAUUUAUAUCGAAUCAAAAGAAUAUGAUAAAGCAUUAUUAGAUUUGGAUAGAUUAUUUGAAUUAAAUUAUGAUGAAAUUUCAUUUAUUCAUCUAUUACGAGAAUAUUUUGAUUUUUGGAUAUAUGUCUGUGAAUAUUAUAAUAUAAGUGAUGAUGGAUUUACCGAUUUUGGAAUUGUUGAAAAACUUAACAAAUAUAUGUAUAAAGUAAAGGCAAUUUAUUUUGUAUCAAAUCUUGACAAUCUAUCCACUAUUAAUUAUAACAUUCAAGACGAUGACAACCCAAAUAGGUAAAAUAAUAUUUUGUUUUUUGGUCAUAAUAAGGCUGCUCCAAUUUAAUAGUUUGUUUAACGUCCUAACUUUAUAUAAAAAUUGAGGGGGGGAGGGGGUCAAAUUAAGUAAACAUUUAAAAAUAAACAUAGUUUUUUCUUUAUCACUCAAUGCAUUUUUACUAAAAAUACAUCUUAAUUUAUUACAGAUAAUGCAAUUAAUAAGUUUACAUAUAUUACUUUUAUUAAUUAUACCAUUUUCUUUGGUAGAUUCAAUUACACUGGAAAGAAAUUCUUUUAAAUAUUAUACAGAUUGGUGAUGUUAUUAUAAGUCACGUGAUAUAACAUAUGUUUGUUUAUUUUUAAAAAUUUUUCAAAAAUGAGGGGGUGGGGUACGUUAAACAAACUAUUAAAUUGG